GCGGUGAGAAGCGGGAAACGAGAAAAGAAACGUUUUAUUCUUAGUAACGGGGCCAACUAACAAUGCGGGCGAAUGCAUUAUGCAACGGGUUGUGCUCUUUGAACCGGAAUAACGUAAUCAGAAGGUCAAUUAUGGUAUCAUUUCCGGUGGCGCGUCGGUGAUCGGCUACCUUCUCUGUAUCGAUAGUUGGCCUGCUGCUAGUUCCGACGAAGCAACGAAAGAAAAUCAACGGAGAACGAGUAGAAAAUCGAUCGAGAAACGAUAAAACGCGCCAUGUCCGCACUCAAGGAUAAUGAGGGAAAAUCGAAGGACCUCGGAAAGCAUUCGAUCGCCGCGUUCUACGCGGGUAGAAGCAUCUUCGUUACCGGCGCUACCGGCUUUUUGGGCAAAGUCUUGAUCGAAAAAUUACUCAGAUCCUGUCCCGAAGUCCGCGAGAUAUUUCUGCUGAUGCGGCCAAAAAACGGACUCUCGAUCGACCAGAGAUUAAGGGAGAUGCUUCGAUUGCCCCUCUUCGACAAACUACGAGAGGAGAAUCCGUCCAGUUUCGAGAAACUGAUUCCCGUUCUCGGCGACGUCGCUACCGAGGGAUUGGGUUUGCCGACGAUCGAGCGAAAAGUGAUCACCGACCGAGUUUCCAUCAUCUUCCACGUGGCUGCGAACGUUCGAUUCCACGAAAACCUCAAGAAAGACAUAUUUUCCAAUACCCGGUCGACCAGGGACGUUUGCAUACUCGCGGGCAGCACCAAGAAUCUGGUGGCACUGGUGCACGUUAGUUCGGCGUUCGCGCAGGCCGACAAACCGGUGGUCGACGAGAUCGUGUAUCCGCCGCUUACCAAUUGGCGGGACGCUAUCCGCAUGGUGGAGACGCUGGACGAACAGACUAUACGAGUUUUCUCUCCCAAAUACGUAGGCUCGAUGCCGAACACUUACACGUUUAGCAAACGGCUGGCGGAACAAGUGAUCAGCGAUUACUCGAAAGAUUUGCCCUGCGUGAUUUUCCGACCAUCGAUAGUGGUAUCCACGGUUCACGACCCGAUGCGUGGCUGGUUGGACAACUUCAACGGACCGGUGGGCAUGCUGAUCGGCGGUGGAAAAGGAAUACUGCGAGUCACGCGAGUCGAUCCAAAGGUGGCCAGCGAUUUUCUUCCGGUCGACGUGGCUAUCAAAGCUAUGCUAACAUGCGCGUGGAAACGAGGAUCGCAAACAGUGACCAGAGAUCCGAGCGUUCACGUGUACAACUGCACCUCCCACGAGGUCCGCCGCAUCGUUAUCAGAGAGUUGGUCACGAUGGGUUUGCGAACGAACGAGAAGAUUCCGCUUGAAGGAAUAAUCUGGUACCCUCGGACGUUCCUAACGUCCAAUCGUUUCCUCCAUUACGUUCUGACCUUGUUGAUUCAUGUGCUACCGGCUUUGAUCAUCGACGGAGCGAUCAAGUUGUCGGGUGGUCGACCGAUGUUGCUCAAGAUUCAAAGGAAAAUCUACUCGAGCGUGAUCCAACUGAGCCACUUUCUCCACAACGAAUGGACUUUCCACAAUUCCAAAAUGCUCGACAUACUGACGACGGAUGUACCACCGGCGGAACGAGAGAUCUUUGGCUACGACUUCCGUUACUUCAACGUGAACGAUUUCUUCGAGAACUGUUUGAUCGGGGCGAAGCGUUACCUCCUGCACGAGGAUAUGACUCGAAUACGAGAGGCCAAACAACAUUACGAGAGAAUGAAGUGGAUCGACAGGAUAUUCAACGUCGUUUUGGUCGUAUCGAUAACGUGGAUCCUCAUGAAACUCGGAGUCACGUCAUAUCUCCUCGAAUCGCUUGGUCGUAUCGCGGACGGAUCGUUCCUCGAGGAGUGAAGGGAGUCCACCGAUCGACUAACUGCGGCAAAUAAAAAAAGGAAAAGUAAAAAGUA